AUGGGCACAGGAACGGAAGCACAGAAGUACGUGUGGGAAGGUGGGAUUCCGCUGCAGAUUCGUCUGCACGAAUCCGAAGUGACUACUCUCCCUCCACCACCACCUGCUCUGAUUUUAGCUCCUCGGAUUGGUUACCUACCUCUGUUAGUCCCACACAUUAAACCUUUCUUCAGCAGUACACUUCCUCCUGGGGUAGACACUGUUUGGUUUGAAUACAAAGGCUUGCCCCUCAAAUGGUAUAUACCAACAGGAAUCCUCUUUGAUCUUCUCUGCGCAGAACCAGAAAGACCUUUGAAUCUAACGGUACAUUUUAGGGGAUAUCCAGGUAAUAUAUUGACCCCUUGUGAAAGUGAAGAUAGUGUAAAAUGGAGCUUUAUCAAUUCAUUAAAAGAGGCAGCAUACAUAAUCAAUGGGAACUGCAAGAACAUUAUGAACAUGUCUCAAGCUGAUCAGUUGGAGCUUUGGCGCUCUGUCUUGAAUGGUAACUUGGAAGCUUACCUCCGGAUAUCAUCUAAGCUUAAACUUGGUAUAGUUGAAGAUGAGUUUUCAGUGAAAUUGAAUUCAUCGGCUCUAAAUUCUCAACAAAGUGCUACUGACACAGAUCCUAGUGGACCAGUCAAAACAGGCAGAAUUCCAGUUCGGCUGUACGUUCGGUGUGUCAAUGAGGACUUUGAAGAUUUAGAAGAUGCACCUAAUAUUGACGAUUGGGACAAAAUUUCUUACAUAAAUCGACCUGUUGAGAUUCAAGGAGAAGGCAAAUGGUUCACCUUGCGUGAUGCAGUAAAAGCUCUUUUGCCAGAGUUUUUUGCAGACAAUUUGUUGAUUAAUGAGGAGUUAUCCAGAGCAGGUGAGGAUGAACAUAGAGUACCCUCAGAAGCGUCAAGCAGCAAAAGAAGCUCCGAAGAGACUGGAGAAACAUUGUCUCAAUGUGUGGACUCCGGCUGCCAAUCAGACAAUGCUGAGAUCAAACUUGUCCGUAUUCAGGGAAUAGAGCCAAAAUUGGAGAUUCCUUUUGCUUGGGUGGUGAAUAAUUUGAGAAACCCCGAGCAUUUUCUUCAUAUAUGUGUUUACAUAAAAGUUCCAGAGUCAAUUGCCAUCUAA